CUCCUCAGCUCAGUCUGAGCCGAGCGGGGACGAACCGGGACGAGCGGACAGUUCCGCUCCCACUCACUCACCCGGUUCCAUGAGUGUGUUCUUUUACACGCGUGGGUGUGAGUGAAUGUGUGUGUGUGUUUAUGUGUGUGUGUUUGUGUUUGUGUGUGCGCGUGUCUCGUGAGUGUGUGUUUGUCCGUGAUUUAGACCCAAACUGUGGAUUAUUAUCGAUAAACAGCGGAGGAGUUCACGCUGAGCACGCUGCAAAAACCCCCGAGGCCCGAUGCUUCCCGCCAUCACCAUGGAAACAGAGGCCAGUCACAUGCUGGAGGCGGCGCUGGAGCAGAUGGACGACAUCAUUGCAGGGUCUAAAGCAGCGGCGGGGGAGUUCUGCAACAGCGUGUACGACCUGGGUUCUCCCGUCAGUGUCGGCCCGCUGCACGUCGUCCACUUAGCUGAGGAGCUCAAACUGGCUCUGGAGCUCCAGCCCAACCAGGAGGAGCGAGACGGCCUGAGAGCUCAGUUACACGCCGACACGGCUCGGACUCUGAUGGACUGGCUGCAGAGCGGAAACGUGAACCUCAGUUCUCCAGCCAACAAUGAAACUUACCAGGAGCGACUGCUUCGCCUAGAGGGAGACAAGGAGUCUCUGGUGCUACAGGUGAGCGUUCUGACCGACCAGGUGGAGGCGCAGGGAGAGAAGAUCAGAGACCUGGAAAGUUCUCUGGAGGAACAUCGUCAGAAACUGGCCUCCACCGAGGAGAUGCUGCAACAGGAGCUGGUCAGCAGAACUUCUCUGGAGACUCAGAAGCUGGACCUGAUGGACGAGGUGUCCUACCUCAAACUGAAGCUCACGGAGGUCGGCAUGGACGAGAAGGACGGCGACGACGCGCGAGUACAGGACUCUGCGGACGCCAAGCAGAACAAAGCUGAGUGUGUGGUAAAUCUCAUCAGUGAGCUCCAGGAGCAGAUGUGCAGGUUUCAGGCAGAGAUCAGCACUCGAAUCCAGGAGAAGCGAGCACUGGAGGAGCAGGAGGCCCAGCGGGCAGAGCCAAGCGGCGGCCGGGCCCACAGCCCCGCCCCUCAGCCAGGGCCAGCCGGCUCUAGCACCUGGAUGCAGAACGGAGGACAGACUGUACAUGUAGGGAGACUCGGGGAUGAACUCAUCUUCCCCUCCUUCCUUCCUUCCCCGUCAUUUCUCCCAUUUUAACCAGUCCACACACACACACAGAAUCAGACUAACAUCCUCUCUGUGAUUUGUUCCUCUCUGUGUGUGUGUGUGUGUGUGUGUGUGUGUUCACUGUUGGAUGCUGGAGUCAUCCUUUGCUCUGGUUCUUGCAGAAAGAGACAUUAUUGAUGUUAUUUUUUUGUUUUUUACAAAUACUUCCAAACAAAUGGGGAUUAUUGGGGGUUUAUAAAGUUGAAGAUUUGUCAAAAAACUAAAACUAUAGUGAUGAAUAUUUUUAAAUAAUAGGUAAAAACACUGAUUUUCUCUAUGUGACGGUUUGCACAAGUGGCUCAAUAGGUAUGCUGCUCGCCUACUACACCAGGGAUUGUGCGUUCAAGUCCUAUGUUGUGCAUAAUCAGUAAAAAUGUCGUACUUUCGUAUGUCGUCGAAAAAAGUCAUAGUUUAGUAUAACGCUCAAAAAAGUCAUAUUAUAGUAUGUCGUCAAAAAUCGCUCAAAAAAGUCGUAGUAAGGUAUGUCCUCCAAAAUGUGACAAAAACGUCAUAGUAUAGUAU